CCCUGCGAAACCCACCGCUGCAUGCAAUGGAUCCUCUUUCUCGGCUAAAAGACCGAUCCUGUUGGAGAAAUCUCGUACUGCUAGGUAAUGAUGGGACGGUUGGCGCCAACACCCAAUGUCCCAUCGCGCCUCUCAUUGGCGCUGUCGCUACCGGCCGCCCUUCAGUCCGUCUUGGCACCCAUCCCGCUUCCUCCAGGGCGGUCAUCUCAGUCAUUUCCCUCUUUCCUCGCCGCGGGAGAAGGUCUUGGCGGACCACGGGAGAGGAUGGCGGUGAUGACGAUGAUGAUGGCGAUGGUGGUGAUGCAGGGUACUUUUCUUAUUAGGUGCCUACCUAGAUCAGUUUGGUCAGUGUGGUGUGGGUGGACACCAGCAAGGCGGAGCAGCAAGGAAUUUAAUGUGGUGGUGACACACUAGUCAACGACGUUUGUCUCGUGUCACACUUGCUCGCCCCCCGGAAGGAAUGCGAUGCGGUCAUAUAUACCUUUCCCUUCUUUCCCACUGAUCGGUCUGUCGCAUAUCCCUAGACACUCUCACCACAGU